AUGACGCCCGAACAACAUUAUGAGUUGGUGGAGGCGCAAGCGUUGAUUACGGCAGAGGGCGAUCGCAUCCUGUUCGAAGAGGAUAUUACGCUGAAUGUGGAUUUUGGGACGGGCGUGGAGGAGAGACAUGUGGAGGGGUGUGUGUGUGGGGUUUGUGGGGAGGUGGAGAGGGGGAUGGGGAGGAGGACGGUUAUUACUGGAGGGGAGAGGGUGGGUGAGGGUAAGGAGGGUGACAAGAAGGGUGAAGAGAGUGGAAAACACGAUUGUGCUGAUGAGAAGAGAGAUGAUGAUCAUGAUGACAAUGGUCAUGAUGGACAAUCUUUAUUUGUUGGCACGGGAAAGAUGUCACAAGUAAAGAUCUCCAAGCCUCUAAGUCCAGAAUUACACAGAUUGAGAAGAAGAAAGCAAGCCGGCUCUAGCACAGCGAGCAUCUCGACCGUCUCAAGCAUGUCAACCGUUCAUGCGGAUGAGUUGAAAAAGCGCAAUGCAUCACUUGGACAUGAUGAAGAGUACCAAGUCAGCGAAAUGGAUAGUUCUGAAGAAAACGAACAUAAUUCUUCUGGGGUUACAAUUGCUUACUCGCAUGCGCCUGCAACAUCAUCUGGGGCUGGAGAAAAGCUUCGGCAUGAAAGAGGAAGGAGUGUGAGUCAAGAUUUGCACGCGACUUGUGAUUUGCAGGUCGAGAAUAAGGAGUGCUGGUCUGAUACGGCUAGAGAUGGACUAGCAAGAAGUCUUUCCCAGAGAAGUCUAUCAAUCGGUAGAAGCAGAGACGAAGGAAGAGGAAGGGACGGCAGUGUAGGUUUCAGAUCAGGAAAGGUAUGGAACUUUGCUCGGAGUCUCAGCAGACGGAGUAACAACUCAGGUCAUUCGUCGCAGACAAUCCGCCCUGCAAAAGAUGACCACGCCAUGCUUGGAGCGCAAAUGGAUGGGAGUGGAUUCUCAGACCAGCAUCCUUCUUUCGAGGAAGGAGAAAGUCUCAACAUGAGUUUCCAAGGCGAUGAGGAUAUCAUGGAACCUAGAGAUGGCGCAAGACCAUUUAUUGGCCCGCGUCGCAAUCCCGAGAUCCAUGAUUUCCCCACAUUCGAUCCUGAACAAUUUACGCCGAGUAAGAAUGCGCAUGCGCCUGCAGAUAAAUCAAAUGCAAGGAGAAGGUCAGGCUCAGAAUCCGACGUUGCGACAGUGGGAGCGCAGGAAGCGCGCUCACGAUCUCCUUCUUUACGAUCUCGACACUAUAGUUCCCGCGGCUCCUUCUCGCUCAAUUGGGAUAAUAUUUCUUCGGAUACCGUGUAUCACAAGCAUGCGCGACGCUUUUAUCAGAAUCCUGCAGCGUAUGGCGCGGAAAUCCCGGGGUAUAAUCCGGAAACGGAUAAUCCGUAUUUGGCUUAUGAUCGGUAUCAGGAGGUGAGUGAGUGGGCGGAUAGCACCGAGGAAGCGGAUCCCGAUCAUGUUGUUGCGUUGACGACGAGGGAGUUGAAGAGAUUGUGUGGGGCGGAGAUUCCGGUGCCUUUUGAUUUUAUUCCAGAGGGGUAUGUGAAUCCUCCUAAUUCGAGAGCGGGAAGUGUGGUGGGUGAUGAUGAGAGUGUUAUUUCGAUCAGGGAGAUGGAUGAGGAUGAAGAUGAGAAGCAGGGACCGGAACCGGAACCGAGACAUAAAAAUUUGGUUGAUCUUCUGGGCAUGCCGGGUUGGGCUCACGAUUGGGAAGAUAUGACGAGGAUGCAGAGACAUUUUCAUAUUGUUGCAGCGGGAGAUUGGAGAUUGGGCCCGGUGUUUGAUGUUAAGAGUAAUUAUUCGGAUUAUUUUGGAGUGCCGCUGUUUGAACCGAAGGAUGUAGGUCUGGAUGGGGUUAAUAGGAGAGAGGUGCGGGGAUUGGAGAUUCCGUUCUUGAAGGAAUUGGAGUUGAGGUUUAGAUUGGAGGGUUGUGAGGGAGAGGAUGAUGGGUGUGGGGAGAGAGAUCAACGGAGAUGUUCUGAUGAGGAUGUUAAGAAUGGAAGUCCGACGGAAUAUGAUAGUGAUGGGUUUCUAUACGAUGAUGAUAAAGGUGAUGAGGUUGCAGGAAAUUUGAAUCCGACAGAAUCCACAGGUUCCGAAGCAGAUCGAUUCUCUCGCCGUCCUUCUGAAGUAUCUUUGAGCAAUAGAUCUGGUGAUGGAUCCGAAGGAGAUUAUGCAGGUUCGAUUGUUGAAGGAUAUGGCAUCACUGAUGAUCAUCGCACUGGCUCCAACACCAACGUACGCAUCAAUGAUAGUUUUCGAAGACGCAUAGCACGUAGCUACACCUUCAACAGCAGACUCGGGCAAGACACGUUUGCGCCCUCUAACGCAGGAAGUCUCAUCAGCGAAGAAGCAUACGACACUGACGACGAAGAGUACGAAAGCGACGAUGGAGUCUCCGCCAAUUAUUCCUUCGGCAAUUCCUCAUACCAUGGUACAGAAUGUCAAGAAGACUACGCCAUCGGAACAUCGAAAUUCGCACCCCAUGCAUUCCAACUAUAUCCUCCCUACGAAGCAGCAAAUGAUCGUACGACAAUUGGUCUUGCGCCAUCGGAAAGAGGAAAUACGCGUCCAGCGUCCUGGGAUGCGGAUUUAAUGGAAGAUAUACUCGGGUAUUCCGUGCACGAAGAAACGCACAAACCUCAUGAUCCAACUGCCGAGAUGGUGAUCAUGAGUUAUUUGGAUCCUGUUCCCCAAUCAAGAAGAUCUUCAUCGAGAUCGAGAUCUUCGACAGGUUCAUUGACGCCCGUUCCAUCGCCUACAAAGCCUACGAGAAUUGCUAAAUCUUUCGUUCCCACUGUCAAAUCGCUUUCUCGAGCUUUCGCUAAGAAUAAAAUUCUUCCCCCAACACCAGAAGACGCAUCAUGCGAAACCUUCUCGAAAUCCGCGUCUAAAAGCACAGAUUCCCUCCGCAAAUCCUCUCUCUCAACCGCCAACAUCGCUAAACUCAACAACGACAAGCACAAAGAAAAAUCGUCCCUCCCCAAACCCUCCACCAAAAACUCCAGUCACAAAACCACCCUCUCCAAAAUCUCCAUCAAACCCAAACACAAACCCCUCCUCCUUUUCCGACCCCGCAAAUCCAAAAUCCCCGCCCCACCCAGCUCCACCUCCUCCAGCAACUCCAACACCUCCUACGUCGAUCUCACACGUUCCGGAUCCGCAUAUGCGGUCCCCCCGGCUCAAUCUCUCAUUCUGUAUCUCCACGGUCGUGGAUUAGCCGCAGAUCACAUCGCGUAUGUGAUGCAGUCGCUCGAUGAGAAGUUUCUGUAUGAUUCGAAUUCGAAUUGGUGGCCGCUCGAUCAUUUGUCCUCGGUUUCUGUUUGCGCGGUAAAACCUAUGCAGUAUUUACAUUCAUUGGGUAGUACUGCGCUCCCGAAUAUUCCCUCCCAAGCUCCUCUCCCCCAAGGAUCAAAAACAAACACAAAAAACACAACACCCAUCCGCUUCCCACCCCACACACUCUUCACUCCCUCCACGGUUUCCCAAAUCCUGCACAGAUGCAAGAGAGAAGCAGAGUGGUGGGAGCCUGCCAAUGCGCGUGAUCCGGAUGGAAAAAUAUUACCAGAGAGUUUUCGACGGUUGAAAAAGGGGAUGAGGAUUCGCAAGGCGAGAGGCUUGGUUAGGAAGACGGUGGAGAAUUUUUUGUGGUGGAGGAUUGGUGGGGGGGUGGGCGUGCCGCAUGGGGGGUUGAUGAGGGGGUAG